CGACUCAAAUGAACGACUCGUUCGCGAAUCGGACAUCGCUAGAGGAGAAUAGACGAGAGAGGUAAACCAGAAAAAAAGGAGGACGGGAGUAGGUGCUGACAUCUGAGGUAGGAACAUCGUCUGAAUGUGACAAGCACCUCUUCCUGCAGAGAUAGAGAUUUCUUGAGUGCUUCCAUGGUGAUGUACUCAGCUGGUGCUGAUUGGCCGAAACCUUGGUGAUGCACUGAUUCUACACCAUGGCUGAGGAGGCUCUGUGGAAAUACCCACAAUCCUCAGCUCCCUGAUUUACAUUGGCAGUGUCUCUGGCUCAACGUGAAAACCUGUGCAAGCCAUGAUGUCAGUCUGCGUGCCCUCACCACGUAACCCCUCCCCCUCUGUGGACGUAGCUAAUUGCAACGGACCCUCUGCAACUCCGCCCACAUCCCUCAGCCUGCGUUCCUCACACAAUCAACUGCUUAGUGGUGAGGUCAUCACACAGGGCCAGGCCACGCCCCCAAAGUGCAGGAAGAAGUACGCACUCACGAGCAUUCAGAGCGCGAUGGGACUCGGCGAAGGUGUGACGCCACCGCCGUCAUCUUCAGCAACUACUGCUAACCCUAAACUGGCCAAAAAUGGUGCCAAUCAGUUACGUAAAGCUGCGGAACGACAGGAUCACAACAAGAACACCACGGAAGAAGACGAAGAUGGAAACACAGCUGGCGAAUCAGAGCUCAGCAUCGACGAUGAGUUGAGGAAUGUUGAGGAGCUAAGCCUCGACAGCGAGUCUAACGCUGACGGCGUUCACAGUGACUUUGACCAGAACAACGAGCUUGUUGACGAGGAAGUAGAUGAGUUAAUUGAUGAUGACACUAAUGAGGAGGAUCGUGUGGAGAAUUGUGACGACCUGCUCAUUCUGUCCGAGAAAACGGAGAUUGUUUCAGACAGGAAGUCGCCCGAGCAUAUUAAGACAAGUUACCUGGAGUCAUGUCUGGAUGACCUGUCAUACGAACUGUCUGACACGCAGGAUGAGGAUGUCACUAAGCCUUUGCUGGAGAAAGAGAAGAAUCCCUGUCCCUCGUCUCCAAGGAAACCGCACAGCCCUGAGGACACGCCCCUCCUGUCUAUAGGCUCUUCAUCUUCCUCUUCCUCACCAGAGACGAAAAAAGACAGACCACGGACGGGAGCCAAGACAGACCGGGCACUAAACCGCAUCCAGAACCUUCCACACAGUGACGAGGAGUCCAGCUGGACCACGUUGUCACAGGACAGUGCAUCCCUGGGCUCACCAGAAGAAAGCGAUAUCUGGGGUGAGCACUCAUUUCAGACAGACCCUGAUUUGCCUCCAGGAUGGAAGAUGAUGACGGACAUGGCUGGGAUUUAUUACUGGCACAUUCCUACGGGCACCACACAGUGGGAGAGACCCGCCCCAUGCCAUCCGGUGCCAACUGGACCCAGCCAUGCCAGCCGCAAACACUCCCUGGGCUCCCUGUCACCCUCGCCCACUCCAGAUCACGAGUCGAUGUCUCACGCAGACGUGUUUUUCGGAGCAUCGAGUCGUUCAGGCAGCACCACUUCUGACAGCUCGUCUGACCCCGCCCCCAUUCCGUCUACUUCAUGUCUGGACCCUACCCCUAUCCUGUCCUCAAACUCUUCCUCAUCCUCUGACGGCAAUGUUCCUUCCUGUGGAUUCGUCAACAGCUGCUACUUUCCUCGGUCCUCAUCCCUACAGAUAAUGCCAGGGAAGGAUAGACACUUUGAGGCACGCCAUUGGGAAGAGGACAAGAAACAGCCAUGGAGUGAUUUUGCAGUGGGAAAGAUUGAUAGUGAGAUCUGGAAGGAUCUACAGGCGGCUACAGUAAACCCUGACCCUAGUCUGAAAGAGUUUGAAGGCGCAACUCUCCGCUACGCCUCCCUCAAACUACGAAACCCUGCUCCUGUGGAAGAGGAAGAUUCCAGCAGCAGUAACAGUGACCCUGAAGCCAAGUGUUUUGCUGUGCGCUCUCUCGGCUGGGUAGAGAUGGCUGAGGAGGAUUUGGCUCCGGGUAAAAGCAGCGUCGCUGUUAACAACUGCAUCCGUCAACUGUCCUACUGCAAGAAUGAUAUACGAGACACAGUGGGCAUCUGGGGAGAGGGGAAGGAUAUGUACCUCAUUCUGGAGAAUAACAUGCUGAAUCUGGUUGACCCGAUGGAUCGAAGCGUUUUACACUCUCAGCCAAUCGCAAGCAUCCGCGUGUGGGGCGUCGGCCGCGAUAAUGGAAGAGAGAGGGAUUUUGCAUAUGUAGCGCGAGAUAAGGACACCCGGAUAUUAAAAUGUCAUGUGUUCCGCUGUGACACCCCUGCCAAAGCCAUCGCCACCAGUCUGCACGAAAUCUGCUCCAGGAUCAUGGCAGAGCGCAAGAAUGCCAAAGCUAUGGCUGGAGGAUCUCUACAGGACAGAACACACUCUGGGCUCGAUGUCCCGCUACAAGCAGAGUUCCCCACACCAAAGACUGAACUGGUGCAGAAGUUCCAGGUGUUAUACGUUGGUAUGAUGCCAGUUGCUAGACCUAUAGGCAUGGACAUUCUCAACGGUGCAAUAGACAGUUUGAUGACAUCAUCAAUCCGAGAAGACUGGAUUCCUGUGAAACUGAAUGUGGCAGAUGCAACAGUCACAGUCAUCAAAGAAAAGGAGGAAGAGGAGGUCCUAGUGGAGUGUCGUGUGCGUUUUUUGUCAUUCAUGGGAGUUGGAAGAGAUGUGCAUUCAUUCGCGUUCAUCAUGGACUCUGGGAACCAGCACUUUGAGUGUCAUGUGUUUUGGUGUGAUCCCAAUGCUGGCAGUGUGUCAGAAGCUGUUCAGGCAGCGUGCAUGUUGAGGUAUCAGAAGUGUUUGGUGGCACGCCCUCCGUCUCAGAAAGCCUGCUCACAGGCACCCCCUGCUGAUUCAGUCACACGCCGUGUCUCCACCAGCGUCAAACGUGGAGUUCUGUCCCUCAUCGACACGAUCAAACAGAAGAGACCGGUCACUGAGCUCAACCAGUGAUCUGACACACGAGCACUCACCGUCACGCUCUGCAUGCUUAUAACUAUCAGAAUGUCCUGUACAUACCUGUCCAGUCAUGUGAUGGAGAUGAAGAACUCGAAAACGGUUUGAAAAUCUGAAAGAAACACUACAAGUAAUUAUGAAAUGAGCUGAUGCCAAGAAAACACACUCACACACACCUAGUCCACUAUCUACAAGCCUCUCUCUUCCGUCUCCAGUAUGUCGGUCAUGCGUAUAUCUGCAUGGGAAGCCACGCAACUCCAGCAUGACUGAAACUAACAGGCUCCGCCCAUCUGUAAUAACAACACUAUCUGGACAAAGCCUGCUCAAAGAGAUUUGUGUAAUUCAACAAGAACAAACACGGCUGCUACACUCAACAGAGCUUCUUCAUAACUGUUGCAUGUGCAGGUGUGUAGAGGAGCUUGAUGCUGCUUCAUUUGCUAAAGGAUGUUCAUAAGUGUCAUAAAAGCUAUUUUUUUGUUGCGUUCUUUAUUAUCCUGAUUGAAGAAUGGGUGGAUGACGGAUAUUCCUACUUGAUAUCUUCUGACCAAGGUGCUCCAAUGUUCAGUGCUCAGAAGAUGAGGUGUAAAGGUGUGGUAACAUAAGGCAAUGAAACAACACUACAUUAGCAGUGCAUUUGUUCAGCGUCAACUAUGAAGUCUUCUAGCAACGGAUAAUAAAUGGCACUAUGCAGUGCGCAAGUUGGAAUUCGACUUCAAGUGAUGUUCCUUUGCACUUUUCCAAGAAGGAAAUUCCAAUUUUUUGAGAUUAACAAAUGAUUGUGUCAUCUUCAAGAAGCUCUGCUGACACGUUCAUCUUCACCUGAAGUUGAUGAGGAGGCUUGGAAAAGAUGCCAAUAUGAAACGAACAACAGACACCCCAUAGACUUGCUCUGCAUUAACACAGCUGGAAGGACACAACCUGUUCAGUGUGUAGAUGUAAAGUAUGAAUGUUCUUUUUAUAUUUCCAAAGUGAAAUUGCCUUUUUUUUUUUUGAAAGAGAGAAUUUUGUGGAAGAGAACUGAAUUACUCAUAGAGCGAAAUACAGGAGGCGGGAAUAACUUUGCCUAGUCAGACAGUUCAAUCGUGUCAAUUCUGCUUUGAACCCCAGCGUAGUGCGUGCUUUCUCCAGAGGCUCUCCAGUGACUGAAAGUCAAAAAUACCUGACUAAUAGGAACUAUCUGCAGCACAUCCAAGUUAGUGAAAAACUCUAAUGUCUAUAAAAGCUAUUUCUGUUCCAGCAUCCAUCCAUCACGUUUGGAUGCCAUUAGUGGCUCCACGUGUCCUGGUUGUGCUUUGACCUGCACGCACCUAUGUGGUCUUGCUGUACUCUGGCGUGCCACCUGUAGUCCUAGACUUACCCUUUCGUUCACAAGGGUUUUGACGAGUCACUUAUGUGUGUACAUAUAGUAUCUAUAUAUAGCAAACAUCUUAUCAUAAUGCUUUAUUUUUCGAAUUUCAGAUACUUUUAUUUUGUUUCUGUUUAUUUUGGUCAUACUUGCCUUGGCAUGUCUUGUGAUCCCGUUUAUUCUGGCCAUACUGUAAAAAAAUCAUGUAUGUGUUGUAGAUAAACCAACUGAUAAAACAAAGAAAAGAAGAAGAGUGAAAGAUGGUAGAAAUUGUGAAUACAAAUUUAUUUUAUGGUCCUUUUUAGGAGAGCUAGCUCUAGGGGAGGAGAUGUGAACUUUAAGUGUCUAUCUAUGCAUUCUUUUAGUGCUGAGGAAGAUUUGAGAUG